AUGAUACCCAUGAAACAAUAUAAUUGUGAUAUUUUUGUUAUUAUUUAUUUUUUGUAUAGGCAACAUUUCCUUGCCCAAUCUGCCUUUUCCGGCUCUAGUGUCAAAGAAAGCUUGACCAUGAAGCAAAUAGUUGCGAACCAGAAAGUGAAGAUCCCUGAGGGUCUUACUGUACACGUUAAGUCGCGGUUGGUGACAGUGAAAGGACCGCGCGGAGUUUUGAAAAGGAACUUCAAGCACUUGGCUGUUGACAUUCGCAUGAUGAACCCUCGCUUACUUAAAGUAGAGAAAUGGUUUGGAUCAAAGAAAGAACUUGCAGCAGUCAGGACUGUUUGCUCACACGUUGAAAACAUGAUCAAAGGUGUCACCAAGGGAUUCCAGUACAAGAUGCGUGCAGUAUAUGCUCACUUCCCCAUUAACUGUGUCACCACUGAAGGCAAUACCAUUAUUGAAAUCCGUAACUUCCUUGGUGAGAAAUACAUUAGAAGAGUUAAGAUGGCACCUGGUGUGACUGUUGUAAACUCUCCCAAACAGAAGGAUGAAUUGAUCAUAGAAGGCAACUCACUGGAAGAUGUUUCCAGCUCCGCCGCCCUGAUCCAGCAGUCCACCACAGUAAAAAAUAAGGAUAUCAGAAAGUUCUUAGACGGUCUUUAUGUGUCCGAAAAGACAACUGUUGUACUGGAUGAGAUAUAA